GAUAGUCGGGGGCAUGGAGAAAGCGGCGGGCGAGCGAAAAAAUGAAGCGAAACCACGGGAGGAGGAGAAGAAGAGUGGAAGUUCCAAGGCGACAGAGGCAGCUGUGCAGCGACUCAGAGAUGGACGUUGCAAGAUGAUCCUUCUGUGCGACAUUAAACUCAACGACCCGGACGUAACACAGUUAGCGCCUGCUGUCAAACAAUCUACUUGUCUCAGGUCACUCUCUCUGCAUGGAGCCAAUCUCUCCGUCUCGUCAGCUAAACUCCUCGCAAACGCGUUGGCCUCUCACGAGGCUCUCACCAUGCUUGACCUCGGGAACAAUCUGCUCGGCUCCAAGGGCGUCGAGGACGUCUGCAAUGCGCUCAUCCAUAACACUUCGCUGCUUGCGCUUGGGUUAGCUCGCACGGCAAUGGGUGAUAGUGGUGCAACUGCCAUGGCCCACGUGCUGCGAAUCAACUGCAGCUUGACGGAGGUAUAUCUCAAUUCCAACGAUAUCACAGAGGAGGGAGCAACAGAUCUGUCGGGGGCGCUUCUCUUCAACGACUCGUCGAGGCUCUCAAAGCUCUAUCUCUACGGGAACCCUCUGGGCAAAGCAGGAGUGGAUGAGUUCAAAAAACUUGAGAAGGAUUGCCCCUUCGUGCAAGAGCGCGUUCCUCUCGAUGAUGCACGGGCUCUCGCUUUCGCCAUGGCCACGCACAAGCGUCUCGGGGAGAACUCACAGGUCAAGAUCCUCAAUGUGAAGGCUUCAGUCCACAAGUCAGAGAAGGGCAUCCGCGAGGUCCGACGGUCGAAUCCUCUUUUGCGGGUAAUUCGCGCAUGCUCCGAGUACCGGCAGAAGAAACGAGAAUUUUAUGGCCUAGAGGCCAACAAGAGCUGA